AAAAACGUAAAUAAAUGUUUGUUAUUAUAUUUAUCAAAUAAAUAAAACAAAUAUAAGAUAAUAAUGAAUAAUAGUAAAAAAAUAAAUGUUAAUUAUUCAUCAUUGGUUGGUUUAAAAGCAGAACUUUUACGUAAACAUGCAGAAGUUGAAGAAGCAAAAGCUAAAAUGGAUUUUACAAAAACAAAUUUACCAAAACCAAAAGUUAAAACGAAAAAAAUUAAAAAUAAAGAAGAAAAAAAAGUAAACAAACCAGGAAAAGUUACUGAAAUUGAAGAUAUAAAUUUGUUAAAGAAAUCAAAAUAUAUGCUUGAAGCUAAAGCUAGACUUUAUGAUAAAUUGAAGAAACAAGGAUAUGAUGGUGGUGAUAAUGAUAAUGAUGAUCAUAAUCGUUAUCUGGUUGAUUUUUCAAACAAAUCAGAUGAAUCGGACAGUGAAAUUUAUCAUGAAGGAGAUUAUAAUGAUUUAGCUUCGGAUCCUGAAGAAGACUGGGUUGAGUAUCAAGAUUGUUUUGGACGUACAAGAAAAUGUUUGAGAAAAGAUUUACCGAAAAUGAAAGAAAAAGAUAAUUUAAUAAAAGAUGAAAUUGUUGAAAAACCAGUUGAAAACGAAAAUAAUAAUAAACCACAGUACAAAUUUAUUCCACCGGAAAAAGAGCCGGAAAUAGAAAUAAUGAGAAAAAAAUGGGAAGAACAAACAGAAAAAUUAACUCAUAAAUCAGAUAUUCAUUAUCAAGAUAUUUUGUUUGAUGAAGCACGAGCUCAUGGUGUUGGUUAUUAUGCGUUUUCUCAAGAUGAAGAUGAACGAGCUAAACAACAAGCUAAUCUUGCCAAACUAAGGAAAGAAACUGAACAAAGGCAAAAAGAAGUCCAAGAAAUUAAAGAAUUAAAAAGUAAAAUGGAGCAGAAUAGAUUAAAAGCUGCAAGAAUUAGACAGAGAAUAAGAGCUGGUCUUCCGCCAGAGCCAACUGAAGAGGAAAUUGCUGAAGAAACUCAAUCAACGAUAGCUGGAUCUACUUCAACUGGAGCAGAUAAAACAAAUGAUAUUUCUAACAAUGAAACAGUUCUUUCUACUACUUCUGAACCAGAAAUUUCUAAAGAAACGGAUAACUCAAGAGAUUCUGAGCAAGAAAAAAAUAAUUUGAAAACAAUUGAAGAUAAGAUUAAAGCAUUCGGAGAACUUUUAGGCAAACGUCCGAGCUGGCGUGAAUUGUCACAAGAAGAAUGGAUUGAAAAACGUCGAAAAGAUCGGCAUGGUGAAUUCGCUCCAGUUUAUGAUAAUUUCAAAAGUGGAGGAUAUUUAAAACAUAAUAGAGACUAUCAAUUAGUAGCGAAGCAACUUGAUAAUGAAGAUGAUCCUCUGAGACUUAAAAUUAAUGGACCAGAUCCUACGGAUUUAUGGGAAUCAACUGGUCCAGAUACUGGUGAUGAUAAUGACAUCAAGACAGAAGUAAAAACUGUAGAUCCAAUUAUUUUUCCUGAUUCAUCAAAUGGACAAGAUAAUGAUUGUACAUUAUCAUCUCGUAUAUCAACUCAACCAGAUAUUUCUGCAAUUAAUUUUUCAGAACCUCCUCCACCGAUAUAUUCUGUACCGCCAUCUUCAUCUACUACCUCUACACUCCCUCACUCACUUUGGGGAGUUCAUCCUGCCGUCGUUCCUAAUCGUUUAAGUACUGACUCAAGUGACGAUGAUUCAGAUAUUAUUGGGCCAAUGCCACCGACAUCAGUAAUUAACAACGAUGUAAUUCUGUCACAAAUUCCACUUCCAAGUGAUACUCCUGCUGAAAAUGAAGAGACAGAAAGUAAAAACAAAAUAGAUUUAAAUAGUGAUAAAAUAGCCCAAGGACUUAAAUAUUUACGAGAAAAAUUUGAUAAUGUAAAUAAUAAAUAAUGAUCGUAAUUUUUAAAAAUUUA